CAAUAGUAGCCAUGACUCGGGCGGGCGUACUUGUGAAUGCUCAUAAACGCCCAUGCCAGUGCUGCAUAUUAUAAAUGCGUUAAUCACAACGUUUUCUUCGUCACAGUCCUCCACAGUUCAAUUCGGACAACCUUUUAGGCCUAGGGUUGACAAUUUUGAAACCUUCCCUGAAGCACACCCCUUACUGACUCAUCUUGGACUGCCGUUUCCGUAGAUAGAUGGCGUUCUCACCAGCAAAUGGAACAAUGCAGAUAGCGAUCAGUCAGAUCAAGGACUAUACAGAAACGCGCCAAACGAUUUAUGUUGGGUUCGCAGGUUUCACCAUAUUGGUUUGGGACCACCUCGUGACCAGCGGAGAUGAGAUCGAAUUUAUCUGGAAUGGCCCCAAGGGGAUCCUUGUAUACUUGUUUCUACUGAACCGAUAUCUUACUCCUCUCGGUUUUAUCGUUAAUCUGGUUGCCUACAACCUCUCUUCAUGGAGCUACACACAUUUUGUCCGAUACGAAGGGGUUAUGGUAGCUCUAGGAAUUGAGAUAGUCGGGCUAAUGAUGCUGAUACGGGUCGUUGCAAUAUAUAGAUAUCAUAGGGCUGUCAUUGUACCGGCGGUAUUCUUACUGUUAGCUUGGAUUGUAGUGACUGCAUGGCUAUUGAGUAAUGGCGGACCCGUUACUCACGUAAACAACAUUCACUCUUGCACCAUGGUGUUCAAUUCCGGCCAUAUUGCCUCGGCUUCAGCUUGGUUACCUCUCCUUUACGACACGUAUGUCUUCGGGUUGACGUUUAAACGCACGUUUUCUUCGAUCCGCAAUCGGGAAGCGGGUCAUAUUAUUCGUACUCUCUUCGCAGAUGGGUUACUAUAUUACAGCGUCAUCUGCACCGUAAAUCUGGUGUUGACAAUCAUGAUCAUUAAAUCUGACGAUGGGGUGAAAAAUAUUGCCGCACAGCUCGAGCUUCUCCUCACCGUCACAAUGAUGUCAAGGAUCACUCUCAACCUCAAGAAGGAAGCGUAUUACGGACCUAGUCACCUUCACUUGCAAGCAGAAAGUGCUAUCAUGUCUACAUGUCAUCACGUCAUAUCAACACCCUCAGGAGAAGUUUUCCCUCUCAGCCGAAUACGAUCACACUCCGCGGCGCGCGCUGAGUUGAGCAGCCGUGCGCGAUCUGGCUCGACGAGUUCUCUUUCCCCCCCUGUGCGAGUCAUCACUUUCGCAGAGACUCCAACAAUCUCCGGUACCAGAAUCUCAGAUGCCCAAAGUCUCAUGAGUAGCAGUCCGGUUUCCGAGCAUGCCGACUGGCCUUCAGCCUCAAAUUCCAACAAGUGGAAUACUGCUGACAUUGUAUGAUCUCAAACAUAUUGCUAUUCUACGUUGUGUGUAUUAUUUUGGAUGGGGCAGAAUACGUGGUUGAGUAGACUGAUGAAUGCUGACUAUGUAUUGAUUUUGGUUGUUGUAUGGUGCAAUAGUGUAGUUUAUAGGAGGUCUGGGUACACAAUAUAUUUUUAUCAUUGCGGUUCGUUGGUGAAGAAAGAUGAGCACAGCGUACCACGACGACUUUGAACGUAGGACAAAGCGGUAUUAGGUGACCGUUGGAGAAAUAGUGGGUUCAAAGAUCGACAACGGUGUCCGAGAAAGUACCUCAGCAGUGGUCGAAAGGGAUUGUGUAAGCGAGCUUCAAGGCUUGUAGUUAAGUCACUGAAUAGCUGUAGUGGUAGGGAUCAAACAAAAAGG